AUGGCUGACAACAUGGCAACAGUGAAAAGAUGGCUGACAAUGUUUUUGAUAUUUGAAUGGCUGUUUGUAGAUGAUAAACUCUCAAGGAAGAUUUUAGAACAAGCAAGACAACAACAAGAAGAGCUGGAAGCAGAACAUGGAGUUGGUAAAAGUUCAGGACGUACCUCACAAACGACAAGUCUUGGAGCAUCGGCAGAAGAUAUAUCAGAUGAGGAAGACGCAUUCCCAGAUAACGAAGGAGAAUUCUAUGAACACAUUGAAAUUAAUGAAGAAGAUGAAAAGGCACUUGAACUGUUUAUGAGUCGGGACCCACCAAUCAGACGAACAUUAGCCGAUAUAAUUACAGAAAAAUUAACAGAAAAACAGACAGAAGUUGCCAGUCAAAUGUCAGAUGGCAUGGCAAUGCCUGAACUUGAUGAACGAGUAAUUCAAGUAUAUCGAGGAGUUCGUGAAGUACUAUCAAAAUACAGAAGUGGGAAACUACCAAAAGCUUUCAAAAUUAUCCCAAACCUAGCAAAUUGGGAACAGAUAUUGUAUUUAACUGAACCAGAAAGAUGGACGGCAGCCGCCAUGUAUCAAGCAACAAGAAUUUUUGUCAGUAAUCUAAAUGCUAAGUUAGCACAGAGGUUUUUGAAUCUUUUAUUGUUGCCUAGGAUACGGGAUGAUAUAACAGAGUACAAAAGGCUAAAUUUUCAUCUAUACAUGGCUUUGAAGAAAUCUCUCUUUAAACCUGCUGCAUUUUUUAAAGGAAUUAUUCUGCCACUUUGUGAGUGUGGUACAUGUACAUUAAGGGAAGCAGUAAUUAUUGGCAGCAUUCUCAGUAAAAUCUCCAUACCAGUGUUACAUGCAAGUGCUGCUAUGCUGAAGAUAGCAGAAAUGGAUUACAAUGGCGCUAAUAGCAUUUUCCUAAGGCUCUUAUUAGACAAGAAAUACGCGUUGCCGUUCAGAGUUGUUGAUGCUGUAGUACAUCAUUUCUUAAGGUUUCUUCAUGAUAAGAGGCAGUUACCAGUACUGUGGCACCAGUGUUUGUUGACCUUUGUACAGAGAUAUAAACAAGAUAUAUCGACCGAGCAAAAAGAGGCGCUGAUUGAUUUAUUGAGAAAUCAAUCUCACGAACAAAUCACUCCGGAAAUAAGACGAGAAAUAUUACAUUCUAAAUGUCGAGAUGAGGAGGAUGAUCAGCUAAUGGCAUUGCAGUAAAUGCAACUUGUGACAUUGUCAACCAAUAUCAUUGCAGUGUGUUCAUCAUGUGAUAUGUACCAACCAAUGGCACUGCAGUAUUAAAAUAAAUCAUGCAAACUGAUUUAAAACCUUAAA